GUUAAAGCCUCUUAGAAUCUAUUAUCUACAACAUAGUUUUAGCUCCAGCUCUAUGUCGAAUUCCUGAUGAGCAUUGGAGCUGGAGUUACUCAAGAUAGGGGGUUUCCCAAGCUAGAGUUUCUCAAGCUACACGAUCGCCAAAACUUCAAACUCUUGUAGUUCUAAACUACACCAGUAUUGCCGUUAUUUAUUGUAUGGUUGUUGUUUUUUGUCCUUGUGGUUUUUGUUUGUCAUAGUUCUUGGCUUGGGUACCUAUGAAGACGAGAAGGCCACUAAGGCAUACAAGGCGGUCAUGAUCUUAACGCCUAAGACCCGACAAGAACACCGGCUAUGUGUACAAGGACUGGGCAUGGAACGUCAGGAUACUGUUCAACUCGCUCCAUUCUUCGGAACUGGCAGAUACGUCGUUAACUUGUUGAAUGCCUUGUACACGCUGUUCGACGCCAUCAUUUCCAACUAUGACGUUUACAAGGUUGAAACCAUCGGUGAUGCCUACAUGUUGGUCUCCGGCCUACCGCUCCGUAAUGGCAACCGUCAUGCCGGUAUGAUCGCCUCGGCUGCAUGGCAUCUCCUGGAGGGUGUUAGUAGUUUCAUCGUGCCGCACAAACAAGAGGAGAAACUCAAACUCCGAAUCGGUAUUCACUCAGGAUCUUGUGUGGCGGGUGUAGUUGGCCUGACCAUGCCUCGAUAUUGCCUCUUUGGUAACACGGUCAACACAGCGUCUCGUAUGGAGUCUAAUGGACUCGCGCUCAAGAUUCACGUGAGUCCUGAAUGCAGACAGGUACUGGAAGAACUUGGAGGAUACAAUCUAGUAGAGAGAGGACUGGUUGCCAUGAAGGUAUGGCAUUUAUUUUGAUUGCGUAGAUCCUUU